AUGCAACAGCCGGAUUUUGUGGGCAGGUACAGAGUGCUCGAGCUGGUGGGAGAAGGCUCCUUCGGCAAGGUGUUCAAGGCCCGCAAGACUGGCAGCCUGGCCACGGUGGCGGUGAAGCUCAUCACCAAGCGCGGCAAGAAUGAGCGAGACCUGCUGGGCUUGCGCCAGGAGAUCGACAUCCUGCGGACCAUGCGCCACGAGCACAUCAUCCAGAUGCUGGACGCCUUUGAGACGGCCACCGACUUCUGCGUGGUCACCGAGUUUGCCCAGGGCGAGCUGUUCCAGAUCCUGGAAGACGAUCGGAGCCUGUCGGAGGGGGUGGUGAGGGACGUGGCGCGCCAGCUGGUGGCGGCCCUGCACUACCUCCACUCCCACCGCAUCAUCCACCGCGACAUGAAGCCACAGAACAUCCUGCUCUCCGCCGCCGGCACCGUAAAACUGUGCGACUUUGGCUUUGCGCGCAGCCUGUCGGCCCACACGCUGAUGGUGACCAGCGUGAAGGGCACGCCGCUCUACAUGGCGCCGGAGCUGGUGCAGGAACGGCCCUACAACCACACGGUGGACCUGUGGAGCCUGGGCGUCAUCCUGUACGAGCUGUACGUGGGGCAGCCGCCCUUUUACACCACCUCCAUCUACACCCUGAUCAAGCAGAUCGUGCGGGAGCCGGUGCGGUACCCCUCCUCGAUGAGCCCCGACUUCAAGUCCUUCCUCAAGUCACACGCGGCAGAGACCAGCCCUUCGGCGGCGAGCGGGGCCACGGCGACCACGCCCGCCGCCCAGGCCACGCCCAAGCAGCUGCUGGUCACCCCGGCGGCCACAGCGCUACGCCCGGCAGCCGCCAGGAAGGUGCUGUCGCCCCGCGGCGACAAUGGCCUGCCGGACAGGGUCCCCGGCGCGGUGGCCACCCGGUCCCCGCCCGGCCCGGCGGCGGACCCUGGCGCGGCGUGGGCGCCCUCCCCCGAGCGGCGGCAGCUGGACUUUGCGGCGGGGGGGAGGAGUGCCCCGUCCGACGAGAACGAGCCCGCGGCCAGAGCCGGGGCCAAAGGCAGCGCCGAGGGCGUCGGCCCCCGUGGGAGUGGUGGGGCCAGCGUGGAGGAGAUGAGGUCCCGGGAGCGGGAGGCCAGCGGCGGGGAAGUCGGUGCCCAGGAACGGGAGACCGUUUCGGAGUCCGGGCAUCGAGGACUCGGCGCCGAGGCGGGGCGCUCCAGUCAUGUGCCCCACGCCGGAGGCGACACCCUCGAGCCGUCGCCGUCGUCGCCGGGGUCGAGGAGCGUCGCGGCAGCCCUGGCGGAGGUGCAGAGGACUGGCGACUCGGGGCAGGCCUGGCGCGAGCCUGGCGCUGUCAGUGCCAUGCUGCGCACGCUGCGCUCCUCGGACGACCGCCCGCCGCCCGCGCUGCGUGCCGCGCUGCGCCUGAGCGCCCACGCGCUGCGCGCCGCGCCCUGCCCCCGCGCGCCGGAGCGGGUGGUCGCUGCGCUGGCAAACGUCGUGGCGGCGUUGUUCCGCCGCCUGGCGACGCAACAGCUGGCGCAGGGGGGUGGGGGGGGCGAGCGUGAGGAGCUCCUCAGGCUCGGUCUGGAGGCCGCCGAGCAGCUGCAGGGCCAGCCAGAUGUGGCGAGGCCCACGCUUCAGGCGCUGGUGCACCUGCUGGAGGGGCCCGACGGGGGCGACGAUGAAAUCUUGGCCGCCACGCUGCGCACACUGCGCAACCUGACAGACGAGCCCGGCGCAGACGCCGUCCGGCCGGCGUCGGACCACCGGGCGGGGGCGGCGGCGCUCUGGGGCCACGCCCUCGCGGCGGCGCUGUCCGGCCGGCGCCAGGGGGAGGAGGAGAGGGCGCACAUGACGGGCACCCAGGGGGCCAUGGGCGUGCUGUGGCGGGUCGCGGUGGCCGGGCCGGUGGGGACCGCGUCGGAGGACGCCGCGGCCGUCCUGUCGCGUGCGGGCGCCCUCCUCGGCGCCGACGCGGCGCUGCUGGCGCCGCCGGCCCUGGCCGCGUGGGAGGCCGCGGCGACAGCAGGUCGAGCCUGCCCCCAGCGCACGCUGACGCUGCUGGCGACGCUCGUCAGGAGUCAGAGAGCCGGCGGUCCAACAGCUGCAGGUCGGCACCCCACGCCCGACCUGCAGGCCUGCCUGCGAGGCCUGCAGCCCCUCCUCGUGCGCCUGAUCCUGGACGGCAGGGACCGGGCUGGUGUCGCGUCGGCCUGCGCAGCCCUGACCGCCACAUUGGAGGCGGCCACAUCGUCUGCGUCAGAUCCCACCGCCCCUCCCGCGCCCGAGCUGGUCACCCUGGCGACGCGCCUGCCGAGCACGGCCCCACUCCCAGGCCGCGCCAACCCCGACGACGGGGCGUCGGACGCCUGGGCCGCCCUCCUGUCGGAGCUGGCGGGCUCGGACCUCGGCGCCGAGGCCGACGCCGGCAUCGUCGGCGCGGCAAGCUCGGCCCUGGUUCUGGGGGCCAUGCCCCGCUGCCUGGCGGCCUGCGACGCGCUGGUCCCGGCCGCGCUGGGCGCGCUGCGCGGCCUCGAUCCGGGCACGGCGCCGCCCGCAUCGGAGGCGUGCCCCGCCGUGGCGGCCGCGGGCGUGCUGGCGCGCAUGGCGGUGGCCUCCGACGCGGCGGCCGCCGCCUUUGUCCGCGCCGGAGGGCUGGAGCCGGGCACGCUGGCGCGCCUGCUGCACCCCGCCGCCCCCGCCCCGCUGCUCGUCUCGGGGCUUUCGCUGUUCUACCCGGAUCUGCGCGAGGCGGGGGUGGUGCCAGGCCUCAUCGCCCUCUGCUCCGACCGCGACAGGGCCGUGCGCAAGUUUGCCUGCUUCGCCGUGGGCAACGCGGGCUUCCACGACGCCAGCCUCUACCCGCUGCUGCGCCCGGCCCUGGAUCCGCUGGUGCAGCUGCUGCGGGACCCCGAGGACCGCACGCGCGCCAACGCGGCGGGGGCGCUGGGCAACCUCGUGCGCAACUCGCCCGAGCUCUGCGGCGGGCUGGUGGCGGCGGGGGCGCUGGAGGGCCUGCUCAGCAUCGUGGCGCGGACCGACGUGGAGACGGCAGAGCCGCACUCCUCCCUCCAGAUCGCGCUGUUCAGCCUGGGCAACAUGUGCGCGCACGCCGCCUGCGCGGUGGCGCUGGUGCGGCUGGACUUGGGGGCCGUGCUGGGGCGCAUGCUGGAGGCGAGGGCCGGCGACGCGGUGCUGCAGCGCUACGUCGCGCGCAUCCAUGCCAAGCUGGCGGCGCACGGGCCACUGCCGGGGCAGACGGGGGAGCGGGGGUAG